GUCAGGCGAACGUUCAGUCAAGGAAAGUUAGACAUGUCGCGCUGUUGUAAGAACAAGUGAUAGUUAAUUGUGCACGAAAUAUUUGUGGGUAAACCUUCUAAAUUACACAAUCGUUCGUUUUAAGUAAAGACGAAGACAAUUAUCUAAUGGCAUCCAUAGCCACACUGGUCGUCAAGCCUGAGUUUAUAGUUGGUGGAAAAUAUCGUUUAGUCCGUAAAAUCGGUAGUGGAUCUUUUGGUGACAUUUACUUGGGUAUCAACAUUACGAACGGCGAGGAAGUUGCUGUGAAACUAGAAUCAGUUCGAGCAAGACAUCCACAACUUUUAUAUGAGAGUAAGCUAUACAAGAUCCUUCAUGGAGGAAUCGGUAUACCACAUAUCAGAUACUAUGGUCAAGAAAAAGAGCACAAUGUAUUAGUAAUGGACCUAUUGGGUCCCUCCUUAGAAGAUCUCUUUAAUUUCUGCUCGCGUCGUUUUACAAUAAAAACCGUACUGAUGCUGGCCGAUCAAAUGAUCGGUCGCGUCGAGUUCGUGCAUUGCAAAUCGUUUAUACACCGUGACAUCAAGCCCGACAAUUUCCUAAUGGGCAUCGGACGUCACUGUAACAAACUCUUCCUGAUCGACUUUGGUUUGGCAAAGAAGUUUCGCGAUAUGCGUACUCGUUGUCACAUCGGAUACCGUGAGGACAAGAACCUGACGGGGACCGCUCGGUACGCUUCGAUCAAUGCCCAUUUGGGUAUCGAGCAGUCGCGACGCGACGAUAUGGAGAGUCUCGGCUACGUUCUUAUGUAUUUCAAUCGUGGAUGUUUGCCUUGGCAAGGAUUAAAAGCCGCCACCAAAAAGCAAAAGUACGAGAAGAUUAGCGAGAAGAAAAUGUCUACUCCCGUAGAAGUUUUAUGCAAGGGUUUUCCAGCCGAAUUUUCCAUGUACCUGAAUUACUGUAGAGGUCUUAGAUUUGAGGAGGCCCCUGAUUACAUGUACCUCAGGCAGCUGUUCCGUAUACUGUUUCGCACUUUGAAUCAUCAAUACGAUUACACGUUCGAUUGGACAAUGCUAAAACAAAAAGCGGCUGGUUCGGGGGCCGCGUGCGGAUCCUCCACGCAGGCACAACCGUCCCAAGCCGUCAAUCCACAAAUUGUGGAUUAAUUACAGGUAAUCGCUAACACUAUACAACUCAACAACGCCUGCAACAACAGUCAAAUGUCAACACGUCUUCAACGGCAGGGGUCGUCGUCCGCAAAAUUGCGAGCAAACUUGCGUGCUGUUGUCGAUGGUGGAGGUGUCCCCCGAACGAAGAGGGCUCGCCCUCCGUCGACAACAAAGCCAACAACAACACGUUCAUCUAAUAAUAAAAGAAACAAAAUUUAAAGUUAACAAACGUAAAAAAAUUAGAUAAAAAAACUUAAUUACAAAGAAAAAAAAUGGUAAAUCGAGUACAAAUUUCGUAAAAUUAUGUGUUAAAAAAUGAAAUCGUUUCAAUUUGAUUUUGAUGCGCAAUUUUACGAGGUGAGUGUACUACAUCGUUUAGAAAAAAAAAUUAAAUAUAUAAAUAUAUAAUUAUAUAAACUUAGUUUCGUAAUCGACGAUUUUUUUUUCUUUAAUUAAAUUUCAUGUUUUUUUGUUUCGUGUUCUGAUCAAGCGCGCCGCCAGCCCGCUUAAUUAUUAAAAUAACAUUAAUAAUUAUUACUAUUACAUAAUUAACAAAUUUAAAUAUUAGUUAUUUUAUAAUUAUUUUAUUUUUGGAUGUGUUUGAGACGUCGCCCUCCCCCACUGAAGUCCUUGGCGACGUCCGCACUCUCAAAUAAAACCGAAUAUAAGCGAGUGUAACGUGUGAAAGAGUAUAAUUAUUAAUAUUACGAAUUAUUAUAUUAAAAAAGAAAAAAAUGGGUAAACAGACAACCAAGUUUUUUUUUCUUUGAUUUUUUUUUGAGUUUGAAAGUUCCGUGAGAAUGUUUUCUACAAGUCUGGCUGUACUAUUUAAUAUUAUUCUAGUUUUUAAGAUUUAGCGAUUAAAAGAAAACAAUUAUUACUACUGUCAUAACGCGAAGUUAACAUUAACAAAUGAGAGGAUACAAAAAUAAUUAAAAAGUUAUGAAAUAAAAUAAAAUAAAUUGCGUGUGAGUAAAUAAGGAAGGGUAUAAUUACUAAAUAUUAUUAAA